AUGGAAGUGGUAAUCAAGAGGCCCUACAUUGAAGUAUUCGAAAGGAUACUGAAGCUCUUCACAUCAGUGAGCGAACAUCUGCACCUCCGACUCACACGCAGCAAGCUGGAACUCAUCGGAUCCAACAGCUUAACGAACGAGUUGAUAAUCCACGUGGACAAGAAGUUCUUCUCCCUGGGAAAUGUGAACUGUGAUGAGAAGAGCGCCAGUGGGUCUCUUAGCUCGAAAGACUUAUACCACUGUCUGUUUAGCUACCAAAUAACGAGAAUGUUGAGGAGUGAUGGGAGUGUCCACUUGGGGAACCACGAAACGGGUGAGCGGGGUAGGCUGGCGGUGGCCUCGGGAGGGGAAACUGCCCACAGCGAGGGCAAACUCGGCAGCGAUGUUGUUGGUGGUAGCGGCGAUGCCUCCGAUAACCGCGGUUGCGGUGCCGCGAAGGUGUCCAAACUGAUUCUCAAGUUUAAUGAGAAGAAUGGCACACUGGAGGUGGUCGUGAAGUUUAAGAAGCGCAACACGCACUGCAGCGCGGUACUCAAACUGAGGCCCUUCUCCAACCCACUAAAAAGUUACGUCUACAGGAAUGAAUCCAUUAUACAAGUAGAACCCACUCUCUUUUUGAUAAACCUGAAGGAUCUAGCCAACGAAAGAAACGUCUUUCUAAAAAACACAGAUGACUCCAUUGUCCUCAGUGCCAUAGAAACUUCCGAUUUCAGUCUGAACAGGGAAAAAAUCAAAAGAGAGCAUUUCUUUUACAACAAUAAGAAGAUAUCCAUCCCCUCAUGUAAGACAAAGUACUUCUUCAAAAACACGAAGUUUGAGGAUCACAGUUUGGCACUUCCUCUCACUGACUUAAAACUCAUUUUUAAGUUCUGCUCCGACUUGAAUCUCUUGUGUUUAUUUGCCACCAAAAAUUUUAAGGAGAAUGUGGUCAUCUGCUUCGGGGGGAUUAUUUCACGCAUUCUGGAGAAAAAUAGGAGGAGGAUUCUCUCCCAAAGGAGGUGCAGCAGGGGGGGAGGUCCACAGUUCAUGCAACAGGUGCGGCAGAUGGGGAAGACCCAUUGGGGGGAAGAAACUCCAAAGAUAGGGCAAAACAUCAGAAUGCACCACGCCAGCCUCUACUCGAAGAAUCCCUCCCCAUACAGAACUGCUCACUCACAAGGGCAAGAGGAAGAAGGACCCAAAUCGUGCGUCUUCUACCUCUCCGAUGAGAACAACUCAAGUGAUGAAGACGACUCGGAUGUGGAUGAAAUGGAUCAGCCGGGCCUUUAUUUUUCCCCUUCACAUGAUCAGGCGGAUUGGUGCAACGAUAAUGAGAUUCAUUACAGUGAGGGGUAUUAUAACGACAUCCAUUAUAAUGACAUCAUAACGGGGCGAAUCCAUUUCACGUCCUACUUCAACAUAUCCUGCAAUUUUAAUGACUACAAUUUUAAGGAGUACAAUUUUAGCGGAGACGACCUGCUUAGGAGUCACUUCGGAGCGCCCUCUUCACGCGAGGUGAAAGGGGUAGACAUACCGUAUGGCACGGGGGAAGGGGAACAACGGAACCGCCCCCAGAGAGAGCGCACACAUGAGCGAUGCGAAGUGAUCACCGGUGAAAACAACCCAGAGAAGAUGCCAACAAAGCAUUCAGAAAAGAGAAUUAACCAAACGUGCAACAUAAAGUGCGAGAAACAGGAACGCAUGAAUAAGUCAAACAAAAGGGGUGAUCCCAAUGAGGAGGACUCACCUCAUGUAAAUAAAUGCAGAAAAAAGGAACCAGUGGAGGAAGGAUCCUAUCCUGAUCUCAGAGAAGAGAAAGAAACAUACACCAAGAAGGAUACUCGCACGAUCGAACCCCCUAGUGAGGAGCUAAAUUAUGAUCGGUUCAUAAGAGGAAACAGAAAAGAGGUAGAAAGCUACUUCACAAUGGAGUUAAAGAUAAAGGAACUCGAAAGGACUCUCGACAUGGUAGACAAAAUGGAACAGCUCAACCAGAGGAGUGGGAUUAGGUCGAGAGGUGGAAGUCGUGACGCAGCGUCUUCUUUCGCUGACCGAAUGGAUGAAAGGAUGGAAAAAAAAAAAAAAACAAUCAAAGCGGGGUGUUUUCUUUCCAAUUCGCGUGAAGCGAAUAAAAGGGGAAAGAAGUCGAGAAAGAACUUGAGGAAGACAUCGAAGGGGGGGUAUCCACCAUCCUGUUACAGUGCAUCCGCAGAAGCAGACAGCCGCACCAGUUGUGAUUCCCGCUCGGAUGAGUGCAACUCCUUCGAUUGUGACAACUUCUACUCAGUAAGUGACGGAGGGGACUCACCCUCCACUCCAUCGCCACAGAUUAAACAGGACGAAGGACGCGAUGGCUACUUCGACAACGUUUACUCCAAGUACCACUGGUGUGACAAUUUAAGUGAUUUUAAGAGGAGGCUCUGCGAGAGUGGCGACCAGGUCGGGGAUGGGUGGUACGUAGCACGUCCGAGUUGCAAUCAGGGAAGGGGUGCUGAAAAGCGGCUUCCCCGACGUGCCUCCAGGAGUUCGCAUUAUAGGCGGUUAAGCACGGACACAUAUGGGGGAGUGUAA